CUUACAUAAACACAUCGUUCCCUUGUAACGAAUUAUUCGGCCGAAUCAUUUGUGAUCAGUGAGAAUGGUGCUUUUCCCUAAUCUUCCCGAUGAAAUUGCUGAGGACUGCUUAGCGCGGGUAACAUACAAAUCGCACCAUAAUCUCAAAAGCGUGUCCAGAAGCUGGAGAUCUCUUAUUAAGAGCCCCCACUUUUACAACCACAGAAAAGCAGCAGGAGCGGCCGAGCAGCGCAUCUUUAUGCUCCAAUCCUUUCCUCUCCAAUCGCAAAAAUCAUCUCACCAGCAGAAGACUACACCCGUUUACGGAAUCGCAGUGUACGACCCAGUGCAGGGAGAGUGGCAGAGAGUCCCGUCCAUUCCCGAAUUGGGCGAUUCAGUUCCGCUCUUCAGUCGGUGCGUUUCAGUUAAAGGGAAAUUCAUAUUGAUAGGUGGUUGGCAUCCAUCAAACUGGCAGCCCAUCAACAGCGUUUUCAUUUACGACGUAUUGUCUGGCGAAUGGACCCGCGGAGCCGACAUCCCAACUCUGCGGUGCUUCUUCGGCUGCUGCGUUUCCCCGGACGGAAUUAUAUACGUUGCCGGAGGGCACGACCAAGAUAAGAACGCUUUGAGGAGUGUGGAGGCCUACACCGUGGAGAAAGAUGAGUGGGAAAGUUUACCCACGAUGAGCAAAGGACGGGACGAGUGUGAGGCGGUUUUCACAGAGGGGCAAAUGGUGGUCAUAAGCGGGUUCGAGACAGAGUCACAAUGGCGGUUUGAGAGGAGUGCCGAAGUGUUUAAUCCCCAAACGCGCGCUUGGAAAGUGGUGGAAAAUAUGUGGAGAGGCGACGAGUGCCCGCGCACAUCUGUAGUUGCUGCCCGCGGUCAGCUCUAUUUCUUCUCUGUGCAAGGAGUCAUGCGGUACAAUUCUACAGAGAACUCGUGGGCUCAAAUGGUUAACAUGCCAGAGGAUGUAAGUGUUUCGCCCUGCGCUACAGCUUGUUGUGAUAAGAUAUUUGUGAGUGGCGGCGAUAGCGGUUGCUAUAUGUUUGAGCCCCAACAUGGGAAAUGGGGUUCAAUAGAAAGGCCGCAAGGGUUUCGAGGAUUUGUGCAGUGCGCGGCCAUAGUGGAGUUUUAGUUACUCAAUAUGAUGUGCAGUCAUUAGUGGGAAUAGUCUGGUAGUGUCAGUCCAAUAGCUGUCAUUGUAUGUGGGAAUGUGAGAUCCCUGUAUAUUAAAAUGUGUUUAGAAUAUAAUUAGUGUUUAUAUAAUGCGAGUAAUCAAUAUUUGAUUUUAAUGAAUAGAACGUGUUUUUAUUUAAAUAA